AAUGAAGUUCGCGUUCUACAGCUGGUGAUGGCGGAUGUUGAUGAAAAAGACAGCAUGAAAAAUUACCACUUAGCGUCUGAGAAAAUUAACCAGGAGGCCAGUCGCUAUCCUUAUUGCAUAGUCUGGACACCUAUCCCCGUGCUAUCAUGGCUGCUUCCAUUCAUCGGCCACAUGGGGAUCUGCACUUCCACCGGAGUGAUCCGGGACUUUGCUGGGCCUUACUUUGUUUCCGAAGACAACAUGGCCUUUGGAAGACCAACAAAGUACUGGAUGCUUGAUGUGAGCAAAGUCUACGCUAGUGGCUCAAACGCCUGGGACACUGCAGUACACGAUGCUUCCGAGGAGUAUAAGCACAGGAUGCACAACCUAUGCUGCGACAACUGUCACUCACAUGUUGCCAUGGCUCUGAAUCUGAUGCGAUAUGAAAACAGCACCUCCUGGAACAUGGUCAACCUCUGCCUCCUCGUUCUCAUCCAUGGAAAACAUGUCAGCUGUGCAGGCUUUCUGAAGACCUGGCUGCCAUUCCUGAUGCUGAUGGGUGCCAUCCUUACGGUGGCCCUGGCCUUCAACCUGCGGUGACCCGGGAUCCACAGCGGAAACCCCCCCCCCCCCUGCUGGUCAGAUGUGGCGCUGAUCUUUAGAACAACAAGAAGAGGGGGCAUCACACGGUGUCAAGGGAAAGUAACGAAGGAGAUAAAGACUUCUCACCUCCGAGAGAAGCUUGUUGGACGGGAAAUGGCGAGCACACGCUUAGACAGCCUAUCGCCGGCUUUACUGCAGUGCUGAAGUUGGAAUAUACUCUAAUGGAAAUGCAUUUAUAUUCAUCUACUUUGAGAGAAGGAACUGAACCCCACCCACCACUUCCAGGACCACACAAACAUUCAGCGGAUUACUGAACAUCUGACAGCAAGUUUAAUCCAUCACCAAAGUCUAAAAGUUGUGUAGAUAAGUUAACGGUUAAGGAGAGGUUCCUGCAUUGUUGAAUUCUCCGAGAGGAAACACAUCCAUGCCUUGCUUUCAGAUUUUGAUGAUUGUAUUUUGUAACGGACUGCGAGCGUAAUCCCAUGAUUCAGUGCUUCCAGGGCGCCAUUUUUAUACUGGGAAGCACAAACAUGUUAAGUCAAUUAGCGGCCUUUCUAGAGAAUUUACUGCAUUUCAUGCUUGAUCUAAUGUAGCUCUUCCACAUUACUACAACUAAUAACCUAAAUACACAAGAGCAGGUUGUAUUUUUAAGCAUUUUCUUACUUGUAUUCAAUGUACUCUUUAGAAUACCAAACAGUCUUCAUCUUCUUAAAGAAAUAUUUUCUCAGAGCUAUUUCAUACAUGCAUUACAACCAUCACCUCACGGUACUAUAACUGCAGGUCAUCUGUGCAGCAACUGUAGCAACCUCAGUGUAUGUGACUGUGGUAAAUAUCUAGAGAAACCAAGGGAAUAGUCGAGAUGCUCCCGGUUUUCCGCACAUGUGCCAAAUGUCGGGGGAUGUGUGACCAACCCAAACUGAGUCCUGUAGUGGCACGGCUCAUCUGUGACUCUGUAGCUGAUGAGUGAAGCGCCUGUUGGUGUGAGAGUUUUUGAAACCUGCUGUGAUAGUUUUGUUUUCCCCUUCCUGCUUUUGACUUUUAUGUGGAGAGUCUGUUCCCGAAGAUUACCUCUCUCACACAUCUCUUCCAUUUCCAGUUCGACAGUCGUCUUUCGCUCCUUUUAACAACCUGAAAUCCGCGCGAUGGUUGGCACUCAAAACCCGUUGCCAUGGCUGUCGUGAGCAGAUUCAAAUCCCCUCAUUGUUUGCAAUCAAACAGGAGUAGAAAAAAAAGAGCUGAGCCCUCUCUUUUGUCCGCGGUGCUGCCAGAAGCAGCAGGUAGCCAGGAUCCUCAGGUUUUUUCACGCUCGCCGGCUGAUCAUCCCCCCCCCCAGCGGCUGACCAGCUUCACUCCUGCAGUUUUCCACCUCUCCAUAUCAGAAUCUAAGGUCAUAGUGAAACGUCAGCUUUAAUACAAAGCGACCAUCAUCCUGCGUAAUCCAAAGUAGAUGUCAUUUACAUGUGGACUUCUAAACGAAGUCCGUUUCAUGCAGUGAGGGUUUGACUCUAGGGCUAACUCAGUGCCACUUUUCUACACUCGGUUUUCCUCGUUGGGCUCCGGAUGGAAGCAGCUUUUCUGUGGCCUCUUCUUGUGCGUAACCCGCCCAUGUUGCCUGUAAAUAUUUGAACACAUAUUAUACUCUACAUCAGGUGCUCUCUAUAUACUUUGCAAACUUGAUCACUCACCCUACAGAUUCCUCCUCUGAAUAAUUUACACUGUAAUUAUUGUUGUCUUUACUCCACUUUCUCAUGUCUGCUUGGCGGUGAAGCAGAUCAGUGCCUGUGUGUGUGUGCUUGUGUGCGUGCGUGCGUGUGUGUGUGUGGCAAUGUGAGAGAGCAUGCACUUGCUUGCCAGCAUGUGUGUAAUGCAUGCACACAAGGAUAUGAGUGAAACUGUCUGAUAGAGGUCAGAGUCGACUCUUGAUUAAUCAUCGGCUGCAUUGUUUCAAAGCAGCAAACUGCCUUGUGGGUGAUUUCUAUAUUUCUAUUACUCCAUAUCCUUCUCUUAAUCUCUAUCAAGUGUCGUGUGAUUUUAGUGAGAUUAAAUAAUGUAUUAGAGUGUAACAAGUUCACUUAAGCUGAUGUUGAUUUGAUGUUCUGUGUGUACUAUAGCUACAGACUCAGUAGAUUAGAGCUGCAGUCUUUUUCUCAAAACAUUAAAAUAAGGAAAGAAAUUA